AUGGAUAGACUUAUCAGAAAUUAUAUGACAACAUUAAAUGAGUCAACCUCUUCUAAUGAAGAAGAACUCAAAGAAAUUACUUCUUCUAUAAUACAAUGUUUAAAAAAUAACCAAGGAACAUUAUUAUCAGUUGUGCAGCAAUUAGGCGACUUUCUUACCAGUGAAGAUGCAACCUUUCGUUCUAAAGGUGUCAAUCUUUUAUCGGCUAUUUUAAUUGAAUGUCCAAGGGAACUAGUGAAUCAAACUGUUGUAAAUGUUUUAGUAGAAUUUUAUUGUGAAAGAUUAUCAGACACAGAGAGUGUACCAGAACUUGUCAAAGGAUUAUACGCACUUUCACAAUUUGAGACUUUUGGAGAUGAAAAUUCCAUUAGAAAUAUUUUCUACAUUAUAUGUUCAAAACUUUCUUCAAACGACAAGACAUUAUCAUUGAAACAAAUAGAAUCAGAGUUUAUCGCUGGUUUUAUUCAAGUGAUGGAUGGUGAAAAAGAUCCAAGAAAUUUAUUGUUGGCAUUUUUUUUAGUUAAAUCGAUAAUCAGAGAAUUUGAUAUUUCUAAUAAUAUAGAGGCAUUAUUUGAAGUGAUAUUCUGUUACUUUCCAAUUACAUUUAAACCCCCACUUGACGAUCCAUAUGGAAUUACUGCUGAGGAUUUAAAAAUUGCUUUAAGGGAGUGUUUAUCCAGUACUCCAUAUUUCGGAAAAUCUGCAAUGCCGUUACUAAUUGAAAAAUUAAGUUCAAGUUCUGGAAACGCAAAGAAAGAUUCUAUGGAAACAAUAGCAGUUUGUGCUCCAGUUUAUGGAGCAAACUCUUUAAUAGAAUUUUUAGAUGUUUUAUGGGAUGAAAAUAUUGCGCUUGAUACAAUACGUAGUAUUGUUUAUACACUAUCAAUGGAAGUGGUUGAAAAAUCAGAGCACCUUAAAGAAUUCUUAAAGAUUAUUGUAGAUGAAUGUAUGGAGAAUAUAGAACGGCCGGAAUUAAAAUUGGCUAAACCUAAUUACGAUUUCACUACACCAUUAAUUUCAUACAAAGAUGAAUUACUUGAAAUAUUUAGUUCAGCGUUAUUAUCAAUUAAUGAAUAUAAUGAAUUAAGAUCGAUCGGAGUAAAUGGUAUAUAUAAUAUGAUAUUGUUAGAUAAAUUUCUAUCAGAUGAUGAAAUAUCAAUCCUAUUGCAGUAUUAUAAUCAAAUUAUUUUAAAUGAACUUGAUCAAGAACUAUUUGAUGAAACUUUAAAAUUAUUAUCGGAUAUUUCCAAGUAUAAAUCGAAUUUGAUAUUAGAGAUUACUUUACCAAUAAUUUUGGACAAACUUCCAAAUAAUGAGAAUGAUCUCAUAACAAAUAAUAUUCAUUAUGAUGAUAAAUUAUACAUAAGAUUGUUAAAGGCUUUAUCAGAAUUAUCAAUUCAACCGAUUCUAUUUGAAAAUUAUUUACCAAAUAUAUUAAAGACCAUAAAUAAUUUAGAUGUCGAUCCAAUUUCAUCAAUUGAAAUAGUUAAUGAUUACUUAGAAUCUUUACUUAAUUCAUUACUGAUGGUAUUAACUAAAAAAACACAAUUGAAUUAUAAAGAAUCUAUAAAUUAUCAUGAGAUAAUAAUAAAAAAUUUACUAUUAAAAUGUAUUCAACCAACUUUGUCAAGUGAAGAGAAACAUGAGAAUUUAUAUUUCAAUCUGAAUAUUAUUAAGAUAAUUGGUGAUAUUUUAUCAUUGCUGAUCAGAAAUUUAAAUGUUAGUGAACAAACAUUAAUGGUAAAUGAGAUUUUUAAUUUGUUUACAAAAGGAAGUUUAGACUAUAUAAAUUAUAGUAAUAAGGAAUCAUUAACAUUCAAUCCAUUAUCGAUUGAAUCUAAUGUAACUCAACAAAAUUUAAUAUUGCUAUUUACUUCAAUAGUGGGAUCAAUUAAACCAAAAGCUAAACUUCCAUUGGAAAAUAUUUCUGAAUUUUUAUCAAACAUGCAAAAUUUAAUAUUGUCAACAACAAAUAAAAUACAACAAAAUUCCUUAUGCCAAUUAUUUGCUUGUAUCAUAAAUAAAUGGGAAAAUGAAAAUGAAUUAAAUAAUUAUGUGAAAGAAAAUGUUUUGGAAAAUUUAAUGAAUCAUAUUACUAUUAAUUACAACAACAUUAAUGACAAUGUUGGUAAUACAAGAGAAAUUUCAUUAAAUUUAUUUUUAUGGAUAUCAAAAGCUUUAAUAUUACGUACAAAUGAAUUGGGUUAUGAAUGUGUUAAUUGUAUUAUAAAAUUAUUUAAUGAUGAAUCUUUGGCAAAGAAAGCAUCAAAUGGAUUUGAAAUAUUGAUUGGUGAAAGUGAAACAUUAAAUAAAGAAGCGUUUGUUAUAAUAAAGUUAUUGUAUAAACAAAAAUUUUUCAAUUUUAGUGUUACAAAAUUAGUUGAAGGAUUUAAAAUUUCGAACGAAGUUCGUAUAUCAGCAUUACAAUGUUUAGGUUUAUUACCUGAUAAGUUGGCAUUUGACAUUUUAUUUCCAUUCAAAAAUAAAAUAAUUAGAGAAUUGAGUUUUGUAUUGGAUGAUAAAAAAAGAUUGGUCAGAAGAGCAGCUGUUGAUUGUAGAAGUAAAUGGUAA